AUGGCAGGUCUACUCAAAAAGCCUUUCAAGCUCGCACUUAUCCAGCUUGCGUCAGGAGGUGACAAGACAGCAAACCUCGCCCAUGCCCGGUCGAAAGUGAUUGAGGCAGCGAAGGCUGGAGCCUCUAUGAUCGUGCUCCCCGAAUGCUUCAACUCUCCGUACGGCUGUCAAUACUUUCCCAAAUAUGCAGAGACCAUUCUUCCGUCACCUCCAUCCGAAGAAAAGUCGCCUUCGUGGCAUAUGCUGUCCUCAGUGGCAGCAGAAACAAAGACAUAUUUGAUUGGUGGAAGCAUACCUGAAUUUGUACCAGAAACGAAAGAAUACUUUAAUACCUCACUGGUGUUUUCGCCUACGGGCAAGUUACUGGCAACGCAUCGCAAGACGCACCUGUUUGACAUCGAUAUACCUGGCAAGAUCAAGUUCAAGGAGAGCGAUGUGCUGUCUCCAGGAAACAAGGUGACUAUUGUGGAUUUACCAGAAUAUGGUAAGAUCGGUCUUGCCAUCUGCUACGAUGUCCGUUUCCCGGAGCUUGCCAUGAUCGCCGCCAGGAAGGACGCCUUCAUGUUUGUCUAUCCGGGAGCCUUCAACACUACAACUGGUCCUAUGCACUGGUCACUACAAGCGAGGGCUAGAGCCAUGGACAAUCAGUUUUACGUGGCUAUGUGCAGUCCUGCUCGAGACACGGAAGCAACCUAUCAUGCCUACGGACAUUCGAUGAUUGUCAAUCCGAAUGCCGAUGUUUUGACUGAGGCCGAAGAGCAUGAGGACAUUGUAUAUGCGGAUAUUGAUGGAGAAAAGAUUGAGGAGACAAGGAAAGGCAUUCCUAUCUAUACACAGAGAAGGUUUGACGUCUACCCUGACGUUAGUGCUGGAAAACCCAAGAAGACGACGCCGGCUCCCAAGAAGUCGCGCUCUGCCAUCUCCGAUGUCGUCGCCCGCGAGUACACCAUUCACCUCCACAAACGAAUCCACGGUGUUUCUUUCAAGAAGCGAGCGCCCCGCGCCAUCAAGGAGAUUCGCAAGUUUGCGACCAUCUCUAUGGGAACCAAGGAUGUUCGUCUCGACCCCCAAUUGAACAAGAAGGUGUGGGAGUCCGGCAUCAAGGGUGUCCCCUUCCGUCUGCGCGUGCGCAUCAGCCGUAAGCGUAACGACGAGGAGGGCGCCAAGGAGAAGCUGUACAGCUAUGUCCAGGCCGUCAACGUCAAGGAGAAGGAGGCCAAGGGUCUGCAGACUGUCGUUGUUGAGGACUCAUAA